AUGCCCCAGUUUCUCACCGCCAAGAGGGACCACUCGGAGAUGCAUGCUACACAGCCUAUUGGCUAUGCCCAGGACUCAUCUCCUCCCUGCCACCAAGAACUUGUCCUGACCGAUUUCCCUUCUCUUGCCCCCACUUCCCCUAUGGCACUUCCUGGCUUCACCUCCCAAGAGGCCGUGGUAUUGAGCAGCCAAUUCCGGACUAGCUACCCCACCCCCAGCCUCCCCUGGAAGGCGUCUGGUGCGCCGGUUUCCGCGCUUUUCCAGAGAGAAAACCAGGCAGGCCUCAGGACUUGGGGGCGGCUGGGGGGCUUCCCUCCGGGAUCCCUGUGGUCUGGCUGCCUGGAUUGGGGCCCCGAGGGGGUGGCGCGGUGGGGGCUGUGGGGGCUGCAUCCACUGGGCACCGCACUACCCUCCAGUAAAUCGGCGGGCUUGGGGCCUGUGAGGCCUGGAUCCUGUGAUGCGAGAUGCUCAGCCUCGGGCGGCUCUGGACAGAGCCUGGUGGAGACAACCCAGGCACCUGGGGUGGCAGGGGGUCCUGCUGCCGUUGGAGGUGAAGGAGCACUGCUGGCUGGGCGUGGAUGGUGGUGCUGGGCUGGGCAGCACCCUGUGCCCCUGGAGCCUGUAAACCCGGACACUGUGAACUUCGACCCCGUCGCCCUGGGGUCUGUGCUCUCGGACACUGUGGCCCUGAGGCUUGUGCUCGUGGGGCUUGUGCCCGUGGACGCCGUGUGCUGGAAGCCCGGGCCACUGGCGGUUGAGGCCGUUGCGGGGCCUGCUGGGGAACCAGCUGGUAGACACAUGGCUGCGGGGCUUGCUGCUGGCUGCUCCAGACCGGUGAACUGCGGGGGAGCUCCACCAGAGCAAAGGGCCUGAGGUCCGAA